AUGUACCAAGGCUAUCGCGACGAGGACGUGCCUGGGCAAAAGAUUAAUAUAACGUACGCGAUGAAGAUUCUCUACGCUAUGUCCAUCGCCUACAACCCCAUCAUGGUCGCCAUCAAAGCUUCUUUCCUCUGGUCUCUUCAGAAGCUGCGCUCCCCACGAGUCUGGAUUCGGCGAUCACUCUGGGUUAUCCAGUGUAUUAAUCUUGCAUAUGGCAUUGGACAUCUCAUUGUCACUUCGAUUCCCUGCCUCCCCGUAAAGAAGAAGUGGUACCCCCAAAUACCUGGCAGAUGUUACGAUGGACGCAAGCACGUCAUCGGUACUAUCUCGAUCGUCCUAAUUACUGACGUUAUGGUGUUGAUUAUGCCUACUUGGAUCAUCUACGAUAUCCAAAUGCCGCGCUUGCGCAAACUCAUGACCAUAGCCUUCCUCUCGCUCGGCUGCAUUGUCCUUGUCAUCGGUGUGCUCCGUCUCAGGUUCCUCAUGGGGACCUUCAACGGUAGCAACACCUCAUACUCGCUCGAACCUUCAUAUUCAUCCAUCGAAGCCGCUGUUGCUCUCAUUGCGGCCUCAGGUCCCACCAUCAAAUGGAUGUUGAGCGCCUGCAUUCCGGCACUGCGCACCCCAGAGCAGAAAGCAUCAAGCUACAAGCCGAGCUCAGGCAGCAAUGCAAUCUCGCGCAGCAUCCAGCGGUCCAAGGUCAGAGCGGGUUACGAUAGUUACGACGAGCUAGGAACCCGGAAAGGAGAUGGCUUUAAAAGUACCGAUGAGAUCCAGCUGAAGGAUAACUGGGGACGGUGGAGGGGCGGUGAUGCGAACAGCGAUGAUCAGAGGAUCACAGGUUCAGAUGAUGGCAUUAUGAAGACGGUCUAUGUGUCCCAGACGAGAUCGCCAGUCAGGCCAGCGGAUGUAGUGUGA